GCUUAAUCCUUGAGUCGCCUGAAGAAACAGAGUUGAUAGGAAAAGAUGCUUCAGAUCCGUCUUAGCAAGCCAGCAAAUGAGAGUGGUGGAGUUGCUAAGUGGUUGCCUCCUGAAACUGUUACAGUUGCUUGCCCUGAUCAUCUUGUUUUAUCUGAUCUUCCUGUAGCCAAGAGCGUUGGUACAGUAAAUCCUGCAUCUAUGCUCAAAACUCUUGGCCGGAGGUCCCGUCGACAGCUUGCUGAACGAGUACAUUUUUGUGUCUGCUGUGACUUUCCAAUUGCUGUUUAUGGACGUCUGAGUCCAUGUGAACAUAUCUUCUGUUUAGAUUGUGCCAGGAGCGACUCUCUCUGCUACCUCUGUGAUGAACGCAUUCAGAAGAUUCAAACGAUUAAAAUGCUGGAAGGGGUCUAUGUCUGCGCAGCUCCGCAUUGUCUCAAGUCCUUUCUGAAGAAGACUGAAUUUGAAUCUCAUAUUCAUGAGAAUCACAGUGAUCUCCUUAGUGCAGAGAAAGAUGAAAACAUUUCAGAAUCUGCUAGUGCUAGGAAAUCUGCAGCAUCUGAAUCUACAGUGCAAGCACCAUCUAGGCCCAUGUUUUCUCCUGGUUCAGGUUCCCAGGCACAUGAUCGUGAAGACAAAGCUCAUCAUUCUCAAUCUAGAGACCAACAUCCUCCUAGGCCUUUUAUGCAACAAAAGCCACCUUUCACUGGUUCAACCCAAAAUCAUCCACUAGAGCAACAGUCUGAUAGUAAUCCUCCUCCAGGCUUUGAAAGGCCUGGCAUGCAGAAUCGGCUAACUCAGCAAGGUUUUGAUGUACAGCAGGGUUCAUUCCGGCCAGACCCAAGUCACUUUCCAGACAAGCAGCAAGGGAUUAUGGGGAGUUCCCCUUUUUCUGAAUUUCCAAUGCAUAUGCAGCAACCUCAUGGCUUUGCGGUGCCUAUGAGUUCGAAUCCAGGUUUGGCUCCUCAAUCUGGUUAUCCUCAGUUCGCAACUGAUGGAGCUCAACCAUUUUAUGGUGCUGCUUCAUUUGAGAUGCCUAGGCCAGACUCAACUCCUGAAAGGGGAUCAGAACAAGGGUCUUUGCUAGGUUUUCCAACUGGUGCUGCAGGAAAUAUGAAUUUUCCAGAAAAUUACCCUCGGCCAUGGAAUAUGGGGCAGCCGGCUGGGUCGUUUGAGCCCACUGCAGUUCAACCUUCCCCAGAUGGUUAUGUUAAUGCUACUGAUCCUCAAGGAAGAGCAGUAUUUCUCCAAGGAGACUAUGGAAGGAAUGCCAGUGUAAUGCCCUCAAACCUGCGACCUCCGCCUUCGGCCAACAGAGGAUUGGAAGGUGGACAGAGUAGUAACUCCAUGGACACCAGAGAUAGCAAGGGUAUACUGAUGCCACAACCUAUGCCCUUCCCACCACCCCCACCUAUACCUCAUCACAUGUCGCAACUCCAGAUAGGAGGCAGACAGUAUUCUGGUGAUACAACCCACGAUGGACAGGGCUAUGGUUGGCAACAUGAAAAACGUGAUAAUUACGGAAGCAGCCAAGACUAGUUAUGUUCUUGUUAUUCCUCUAUCGUUUCUUUUGUAAGAACAGUGCCCGUUUUGUGUUGCCUCAGUGUAUUUUACUUUCUAAAUAUACCAACAUUGUUUUGUUAAAACUGAAACGUUGGGUUCCCCGACAUUUACCCAGCUUCUUGUUCAAACGCAAAAGUCUCAUUCUGCUUAUUCAGGAUUUGCUGCUUCUGAAUUGAGGCCAGAAUAUGCAAACAAGAAUUAACAA